AGUGGCUGCACUGGGAGUGUGGCGUAGCAGGUGUGGGUACGGAAAGUGGAGACGGAGAAAUACGGACGGCGAAGACGGCGGUACGGACAGAGGAGACGAGAAAUGGAGCCCAGGCAGCUCCAAGAGGAGGUUAUCCAGAUGAAAGAAGAGAUGGCACUUCUGAAGGAGGAAAUGACACAUCCUAAUCAAGAGUACAUCGCCCGUUUGGAUGGGGAACUGACCACACUGAAGAAAAACUGCGACUCACUGAGUGAACAGGUGGUCGGCCUGGGGGGAGAAGUGGCCACACUGAAGAAGGAGGUGACUACACUGAAGGAGGGCAACGCCACACUGAAGGGAGACAACGCCACACUGAAGGGAGACAACGCCACACUGAAGGGAGACAACGCCGCACUGAAGGGAGACAACACCACACUGCGUCAGGAGGUGGUCCAUCUACGUGAAGAGGUAGUCCGCCUGCGACAGGCUGUCCUCGAGGAGCGCACCACUCGCCAGGUCGUCGUGGAGGAGCUGCGGCAGGAGGUCCGCCGGCGAGCAGCGCCAUCCGACCGUUCACAGAUUGACGGCGAAGAGGUGGUCUCACUGAAGGCCGACACCUGUGACAAGUGUGACGCCACCACCAGUUGUGACGUCACCCCAACUACGGAGGAGAUGGGGGCCCUGUUUCACCGGUGAUAGCAGCAAGCUGCUAUCACGUUUCGCGAGCUGACGUCAUGUCGUGACGCCAUACUGUUGACGUAAUUGGUAGUCCCGGCGCACGAUUGCCGCGACCUUGGCGGCGGUAUUAAGUGACGUAUGAGCCUAAAAGUAAGAGUUUACGCAGUCAUGAUAGUAUAUUUAUUUUUGAUAUAUAUUUUUUCAAUAUGAUGUAUUCAAAAGAAGUUGGGUUUAGGAAAAAUUUGGACAUUAACUUCGAACAUUUAGCUGAUGACGUAAAACAAUAUUGCGGCAAUCGUGCGCCAGAAUUGCCCCUUACGUCAGCAGUAUGACGUCAUCACAUUACGUCAGCUCGCGCAAUUUGAUAGUAGCUUGCUGCUAUCACCGGUGAAACAGGGCCGGGGCCGGCGUCCGGUAAGCGUAGGCCGCCUGCGGCUCGCGAGGCCAACAUCUACCACCUGGACACCGAGCUGCUGAAGAUGGUGAUGAGCAAGAUGGACUGCUGGGACAUGUUCCGCGCCAGGCGGGUCUGCCAUCGCUGGCGGUCCGCCGUCGACGAUAUCGUCGGCGACUGUCGGCGGGAGCUAACCGAUCAGAAAACCCGCGGUGGAGAGGACCCGGCGCCGGCCACGAGCCUGGAGCUCGUAUUGAAGGCACAGGACCAGCCAAAGAUGACCGAACUGCAGGCGCCGACCGCUGAGACGGACACCGACCUCCGACUGGUCGCGGCCACCUGCCACGCCCUGGAAAAGGCCAACCUGCGCGGCUUCAAGCUGCGGGUCUCUGCCCUGCGCCGGCUGGCGCGUGCCAACGGCUCCAGUCUGCGUGAGCUAACGCUGCCGGCCGGCAUCAACGACUGGCAGCUGGAGGCGCUGCUGGAGCCGCUGAAGGCUCUGGAGCGGCUCGAUGUGAGCCCACCUGUGGACAGCUCCGGCAAGUGGCUGCGGCUGCUGCCCAAGUCGCUGAAGAGACUGGACAUCACUGGGUCGGGGAUGACGCGGGCACCUCUGACUUUCGUAAGAUGUCCGUCGGAGGGACUUGUGGUCGGUGUACAGCUGGCAACGGACAUACUCCUGGACCAGCUGGCUGCUCUGGCGGCCCACACAGUCACCAAGCUGUUCAUUCGUGAGUCACCGUCCGUGACACCGGAAGCGACGGGACGCCUCCUGACUGCCCUCACCAGCUUGACGGACGUCACUCUUGUUGUAUCAGGCGUCAUUUCCGAAACUGUGCCGUCCGCCCUUCACGGCUGUUCCCAGCUGGAUACGGUGCAGCUCAGUGACACCCGGCCCCUCACGGACAUCCCUGCCCUGACCCAGUCAGAGGUGGCAGCGGUCAGAAGGAUGGCAGUGACCUGCAGGAAACUAAAGAACCUGCACCUCACCUCCUCACUCGAAAACCGCCAGGCCGUCCUGACUGCCCUGCACGUGACAGACCUGGGAUAUGACGGUGGCCAGUCUCGCACAAUCACUCUCUAUGUCCCCAAGUCUAUAAAAGACGAGAUUGAAGAGCCCUCCGACAGUAGCAUCUGCGUGGCGUACUACAACGACAGCCACUAGCUCUGCUUCCCAGUGCUUCAUCUACUCCGGUGCCGGCGGCAGUGUCGGAACUCGACAACAGAUGGCAGCACCGUGUCCCGUCGACAGCGCUGUGCUGUACACACUACACAAUGCACGUCUAGACCUUCAUAUCCAGAAGUGCCUCGAGCCGCCCUGUCCCAUCGGGCCAGGUCCGUGGGUACUUUACCGCCGUGCCAGCCGGUUUGGGUUGAGUGGCCACCUGAAGGCUGGUCAUUUGAUUUAGGCACAGAUUGCACGUUUGUUGACACUGCUUUGAUAGAGGCAGUAGGUAUAUUCAGUAUCCGAGAUUUAUCACGCUCCGGGCCACUGUCCAGCCAUCGGUGAACCGAUGUCACCGUGCCAGAGGUACCGUCGUGGUGACGUCACGUGUGUUGUGACGUGACGUCACGCUGGCUCACACCACUGUGCUGGCUGUUGUGUUGUAGUUUCAGUUUAGACCAGAGAGAGGUUGGAGCUAGCUGUGAGGGUGUCCGGUCCAG